ACCAGGGAAAAAAUCUCAUUGUGCUUGUAUAUAAAACAGGUUAUAGACAGGAGUUUUGCCUACAUGAAGGUUCGGCAGGAUAUUGGAAAGUUGUGCAGGACAGAGGCCAGUUGCAUUACAAGAGGUCCAGAUCUCUGCUCCCAGCUUCCUAAAUGCCAGCAGUGUCCCCUCAGUCUUGUGACACCCAAAAAUGCCCACACAAAUGUCCAGUCUGUUCCUUGGAAAACCACUGAUUUAUUCAGUCAAAUAAUUUUUGCCAGUGUACAUGUGCUGGGCACCGUUUUGGGGGGAGGUAUAGUGUGGUGAAUGAGACACAGCCCCUGCCCUUCUGAGGUGGGUUCCAGUAUAAGAAAGUACCCAGAUAUUAAUCAUAUCAUAUGAUAAAUAGCUUGACAAUAGAAGCAGUACAAGUUAGGGGUAGGAACACACGAGAAGACCCAGCCCACCAGAAGGGGAUCCCAUGGCCUAGAAAAGCCAACCAGAGAAGCAGUAUUGGAACUGAGCCUUGAAAGAGCACGACACAGGGAAGGGUAGUGUGCCAAGCAGAGGGAACAGCAUGACUAAAACAGGCCCAGGGUCCCUGGCACACAGCAGACACUCAAAUGUUGUGACUGAAUAAAUGGAUGAUUGAAUGAGACACAGCAUAUUUGCUGGCAGGGAGCCAUUCCCCACUGUAUCAUGAACUGCUACAAGGCAGAGGAAUACCUGCUUCCUGAUCCUGCCUAGAACGCCAAAACUGAGUUGGGACCCAGAGAAGGUGGCAGUGGUGAAAGGGUGCCAGACACAGAGAAAGGGUUGUGUGGUCCUGGCUGAGGUAUGGUAUCCAGGAAGUGGAUCUCUGAUUGUGCUCUCCCAGAGGGCAGCUGCUAAAAAUAUAACCACUCUGCUGCUUCAGUUCAGAACAAGCAGGGCAGAGUGGCGUCUUGUUUGCACAUCUGCUGUUCAUGCAUGAUCCUGGUGGCAGGGCACGGUUAUGGCAGAUGGUACCUCCUGAGGAGUGUCCCAAGGGUGUUCCAAGGAGCAGCCAUGACCACCCUGUACCCAUCUCUGGAGGACCUGAAGGUGGACCAGGCCAUUCAGGCCCAGGCCAGAGCCGUGUCCAGGAUGCCCGCCCUGCCGGUCCAGGAGACAGCCAUCUCCCAGCCUUCAGUUUUGUACCCAAACCUGGCAGAAUUGGAAAAUUAUAUGGGUCUUUCCCUCUCCAGCCAAGAAGUCCAGCAGAACCUGCUGCAGAUUCCGGAAGAUGCCAGCAUGGCGGUCUCGGGCCCGUCGGCGGGCCUAGUGGUGGCGCCGGUGUCCGGGAACAGCCUGGGCGCGCGGCGUGCGGAGAUCAAGCCCGGGGUGCGCGAGAUCCACCUGUGCAAGGACGAGCGCGGCAAGACCGGGCUGCGGUUUCGGGCCAUCGACCAGGGAAUCUUUGUGCAGUUGGUCCAGGCCAACACGCCCGCGUCCCUCGUGGGGCUGCGCUUUGGGGACCAGAUCCUGCAGAUUGACGGGCGUGACUGUGCCGGGUGGAGCACAGACAAAGCCCACCGGGUGGUGAAGAAGGCAUCGGCGGAGAAGAUCGUCAUGGUCGUUCGAGACAGGCCGUUCCAGCGGAACAUCACCUUGCACAAGGACAGCAUGGGCCACGUUGGCUUUGUCAUCAAGAAGGGGAAGGUCAUCUCUGUGGUCAAAGGGAGUUCUGCGGCCCGCAACGGGCUCCUCACCAACCACUCCGUGUGCGAGGUGAAUGGACAGAAUGUCAUCGGGCUGAAGGACAAAGAGGUCACGGAGAUUCUGGCCAUGGCCGGGAAUGUCGUCACCCUGACCAUCAUCCCCACGGUGAUCUACGAGCACAUGGUCAAAAGGUUGUCCCUGACCCUGCUUCACCACACCAUGGACCACUCCAUCCCAGACAUCUAAAGCCACACGGGGGCAGCUCAGCCCUCCCGCCCUCCCGCAGGAAAGGGCAGAGUCCUCAGACGACCUUGUGGAGGCCUGCUGCCUGGGGGCGUGUUCCAGUUGGGGCAACGUUGGAUCACGUGGGUCUCAUUCAUCCCCAGGCCUCCUGGAGCCUCAGACUCUGAACACGCGGCUGGGCUGGGCAGGGCCCCCAGGCAGCCGAGUUUUUGCGCCAGUUUAAAUGCUGGGCACGUAGCCAGCCCGCUAAACACUUCUAAAAGUUGCAGCGGGUCCCUUUCAAGAUUUUGCCUCUACCAGAAAAAUAGUUCCAUGUUUUGAAAGAACAGAAAUACAAUCUUUGUGAAAAUUGUUUCUUUUUCCUUUACUUGCUCUUUGUCACAAACCGUAUAUAGUUAUAACCCUUCACUUCUUUUGAAUAAAGAUUUGAUUUCAAAUAAAAUCCCUUCCUCAAAAGUCAUUGAAAAUUCCAGAGCCCUCGGUCCCAUGACACGCCAGGGCUGGUUUUCAUUUAAGCAGUGGUGAGACCCAGGCCUCUCUGCGCAUUGCCUCUGAGAACAGCAACUUGGCUGUGCCACUGUCACGUGCUCUCUGCCAGUCCGAGUGGGGACAGCGUGGGACUCUGGAAGAGGGGCGCUGGCUCGGGAGCAGCCUCUGCUCAGCGACCGUGGCCUGCUUCUGCAUCUGCAGAAUGAGAAUGAGAACUGCCCCAGGGUACGGCCAAGGACAGAAGGAUGCACUGACAGGGCCCAGCGGGUCUGACACUUGGUGGGGGGAGGAGGGGGGGUUGGUGGUAGCAAGGAGGUGCUUCUAGGUCCUUUGCCUGAGCCCCAGGAUGGAGUGACUGCCAGCUGCCCACAGCAGACGCGUGGCAGAGCUGAACCAGCACACAGCUCUCUGGUUCCCUCCACCUCGGACAAGAUCUCUGCCCGCAGCUUCUUCCAACGCGCACAU